AUGCCUCUGCGUUCGGCGGCGGCCGGCAAACAUGAGCCGCCCAGCCCUCCGCGGCAGGAGCAGCAGCAGCAUCAUCGCGCGCGCACCCCCCCGCGCGCUCCCUCCUCUUACGCGCACAACGGCAGCCGGGGAGCCAGCACCGACAGCAGCGGCGGCGGCAGCUCCCUGGAAGAGGACGUCGGCGGCAGCCACCGUCGCAGCGGCGUUCCCGCUCCCGUCUCGCCGCCGUCGCCACCCGCCGCCACAGCACCCAUGGAGGAGCCCACGGGCAACACGGUGGUCAUCCGUAUCGGAAUCCCGGACCUGCAACAGACGAAAUGCAUGAAAUUCAACGUGGAUGCUCCCAUCUGGCGGUCCAAGCAGAGGAUCCUGUGCACACUCAACCAGAGCCUGAAGGACGUGCUCAACUACGGCCUGUUCCAGCCGGCGUACAACGGCAAGGCCGGCAAGUUUCUGGACGAAGAGAGACAGCUGAGGGAGUACCCCUUCCCGUCCCUCGCUCCCGUUCCUUAUCUGGAGUUCCGCUACAAAAGACGCGUCUACACUCAGUCCUACCUGGAUGAGAAGCAGCUGUCCAAGCUCCACACCAAGGCCAACCUGAAGAAGUUCAUGGAGUAUGUGCAGCAGAGGAGCGUUGAAAAGCUCUCCCGCUUUCUGGAAAAAGGCUUGGACCCCAAUUUUCACGAUCCUGACACUGGAGAAUGCCCUUUGACACUAGCAGUCCAGCUGGAGGGAUGCGCGGAAGUCAUCAAGGUGCUGAAGAGCGGCGGCGCUCAUCUGGACUUCCGGACAAAAGAUGGUAUCACCUCCUUGCACAAGGCAGUGCGCAGCAAGAAUCACACAGCGCUCAUUACGCUGUUAGACUUGGGCGCAUCGCCCGACUACAAGGACAGCCGGGGGUUGACUCCCCUCUACCACAGCUCUAUGGUGGGGGGUGACCCUUACUGCUGCGAGUUGCUGCUGCACGACCACGCGCAGGUCGGGUGCGUGGACGAGAACGGCUGGCAGGAGAUACACCAGUCAUGCCGUUACGGUCACGUUCAGCACCUGGAACAUCUUCUGUUCUACGGAGCGGACAUGAGCGCCCAGAACGCUUCGGGGAACACGGCCCUUCAUGUGUGUGCUCUCUACAACCAGGACAGCUGUGCUCGGGUUCUUCUGUUUCGGGGAGCCAACAAGGAGAUUAAGAACUACAACAGCCAGACUGCCUUUCAGGUUGCUAUUAUAGCAGGGAACUUUGAUCUUGCUGAAAUCAUAAAGGUCCACAAAGCAUCAGAUGUUGUGCCUUUCCGGGAGACGCCCUCCUACACCAACCGUCGUCGGGCGACGGGCCCCACGCCGUCCCCCCGCUCGUUGCUGCGCUCGGCCAGCGACAACAACCUCAACGGCAACGACGCCGUCCACAUUCACCGGCAGACGCCCCGCGAGUCUCGCGGUCGCCAGCAGGGCCACUCGCCCGUGCCGUCACUGAGGAGUCUGCCCGCUUUCGGGCAGCUUCAGGGGGGAAGCUUCGGAGAGAGUCGACAAGGCGACUUUCCAGACAGCAGUCUCCAGAGCACGGGUAGUUCCAGGUCUUCUCAUUCCCGAUCGCCUUCCCUGCACCACUCGCACGAUGAUGACAGACCGGUACCGCGACGCUCCCACAGCCACGGCUACCCUCACGGACAUCGGGGAAGGCUCAGCCCCGGCUCGGUGCAGCGGGACCCGAGCCCGCCUCAGCACGCGCCGCCGGCGCUGAGCGGCGCCCGCGGGCCCAAGCGGAAACUCUACAGCGCCGUCCCGGGUCGCACCUUCAUUGUCGUCAAGCCCUACACGCCCCAGGGGGAGGGGGAGAUACAACUCAAUAGAGGAGAGAGGGUCAAAGACUUUGACUGUAAUGACUUAGAAGCUUUGCCGGAGGAGCAUCCUUACCAUGAGAUUGCAGCGGUGAAGGACGACCACUCGGACUCAGACGUGCUGAGCAUCGGAGAAGGAGGCUUCUGGGAAGGCAGCGUCAAAGGGAGGACGGGCUGGUUUCCUGCCGACUGUGUAGAAGAAGUUCAGAUGAGGCAGCUAGACCCUCGCCUUGAGACUAGAGAGGACCGCACCAAAAGACUGUUCAGACACUACACUGUGGGAUCCUAUGACAACUUCACGUCGUAUAGCGAUUACAUCAUCGAGGAGAAGAACGCCGUCUUGCAGAAGAAAGAAAACGAGGGCUUUGGCUUCGUCCUGCGAGGCGCGAAAGCCGAGACGCCCAUCGAAGAGUUCACGCCGACCCCGGCGUUCCCCGCCCUGCAGUAUCUGGAGUCUGUAGACGUAGAGGGUGUGGCAUGGAGGGCGGGACUUAGGACGGGAGACUUUCUCAUUGAGGUGAACGGUGUGAAUGUGGUGAAGGUGGGCCACAAGCAGGUGGUGUCUUUGAUACGACAAGGAGGUAACCGGCUGCUGAUGAAGGUGGUGUCCGUCACGCGGAAACCAGAGUCGGAGGAAAUAGUACGCAAGAAAGCGCCGCCGCCCCCCAAAAGAGCCCCCAGCACUACGCUCACGCUUCGCUCCAAGUCCAUGACGGCAGAGCUGGAAGAACUGGCUUCUGCUCGGAGGAGAAGAGGAGAGAGGCUUGACGAAAUGCUGGCGUCGCAGGAGUCCAUGUUGCGUUCUCAACCCCCGGAAGCGGAUUACCGAGCAGCCACCGUUAAACAACGGCCCACUAGCAGGAGGAUAACACCGGCGGAGAUCAGCUCACUGUUUGAGCGACAAGGAAUGACUCUACAUGGAGCUUUUCACCCAGCUAUGGAGAGAGGUCAUAUUGCGGUACCUAAAGGAAUGUCCAGGACCAAGUCAUUUGGUGCCACUGAGGAGGAUCGACUUUCGGCCCUGGAAGGUGAGCACCGCUUCCCCCGCAGUUCCUCCAUGACUGACAGCCUCCGAGACCACCCGCAGCCUCAUCCCAUCCCGCCUCCUCCGCAAACAGCGCCUCCUCCGCCUCCCUAUUACCUGGACACCGGACCUCCCCCGGCUUUCUGCCCGCCGCCGCCUCCGUCCAGGACCCAGAGUCAGGGCCACGAACCCGGGGGACGCUCCAGCUUUAAGCCCUCCUCCCUGGACCUGCCCUACGAGGCGGCUCAUCGGCAGGCCGCCCAGAUUGAGAGACAGAAGAAAGCCCGCUCCAUGAUCAUCCUCCAGGACUCCUCGCAUUUACCCGUGGAACCUACGGAAAUACCCCGCCCGUCUGCUGCCACUCCACCCGAACGGAUAAAACGGAAAGGGCGGAUUAUUGACAACCCCUAUGCCAAUGUGGGACAAUUCAGCAUUGGACUGUACACACCUACCAAACCUCAGAGAAAGAAGAGCCCAUUGGUAAAGCAAUUACAGGUGGAGGACGCACAAGAAAAAGCCAACUUGGUUUUAGCAGCCGCCCACUCCCGGGAGAGCUCGCCUUCAGGACGACCCCCGCACGGCCACACGCGCACCAGUCGUGCAGACUACUACCAGCAGCAACUGCUGGCCGAGCGGGAGCGUUUGCGAGCCCAGAGCGAGGCCAUGUUUCAGGGUAAGGGCCCCUUUGCCGCUGCCAUCGCCGGAGCGGUGAAAGAUCGCGAGCGUCGCCUGGAGGAGCGGCGGAGAUCCACCGUCUUCCUUUCCGUCGGCACGAUGGAGGGGGCGUCUUCCGUCGCAAUGGAGGUCCCUUCUCUGACUCAGUCUCACUCCGUCGACGAGAGGAUACUCACCAGGGAGCUUGGCCAGCUGCCACCUCCUGCCUUGGCCUUGAGCCCCUCACCGAGCGGGACCACCUUUAUCCAUCCGCUGACGGGAAAGCCCCUGGACCCCAACUCCCCUCUGGCCCUUGCGCUGGCCGCAAGGGAGAGGGCGCUGACUUCCCAGAGCCAAUCCCCAAAUAGCAGCCCAGAGCCACGGACUAAACAGGAGCGGGUAGGCCCGGGCGUAAUAUUCCUUGACACUCAGACCAAAGAGUCUCCGCACGGAGAAGGGCCACCCAUAUCUCCACCUUUUACACCUCAAAGCGCCAAGGGGUCCGGCCUCGGAUCCUCCCCGGCACCCGUGUUAGUCCCUCAGCCCACCAAACCGCCUUGGUCACCGUCUAGUAUAACCUUCCAUCAGGAAAUGGAGGCCAGGAUCGAGGAGAGGAAGGAGGAGAAGAUGCUAGAAGAUAAGAAGAGCAUGUUAAUCAGUAUCAUGGACACAUCGCAGCAGAAAACGGCAGGGUUGAUCAUGGUCCACGCGACCAGUAACGGCCAGGCUGGCGGUGAGGGUGCGGAGCAGGAGCAGGCGACGUCCAAAGAGCCCAGCAAGUCUCUCAGUCCGCGGACUAAGUCCCCCAGUCCCACAGUCUCGGUGCCCCAGCCUCAGAGUCAGCGCGCUACCAGUCCGGCUCUAGAGAAGCCUCUGGUUCAAGGAAGCUCGGAAGAGGACGCGGAUCCGUACACGGUGACGCUCCCCCCCGCCAUGUUGUCCUCCAGCGACGAGGAAACACGCGAGGAGCUGCGUAAGAUCGGCUUCGUUCCACCGCCCGUUGAGUUCGCUAACGGGCUGCUGGCGCAGGUGCAAGCGAAGGGUAUUUUGCCGUCCCCGACCAAAACUCCCGCCCCUUCGCCCACCACCCCGCCCACACCGACACCCCAAACCCCCUCGACCCCGAUUACCCCGAGCGUGACCCCCACUCAGCCCCGGCCUCCGCAGCUCCCGCCUCUACCCAACGCUCCGCCUAGCGCAGCAGCCGUCUCAGGGAAACCCUCGGACCCCCCGCCGUUGGGCGAGUCCGGUUCUGCGGCCGAUUCGGGCGUGGAGGAAGCCGACACGCGCAGCUCCAGCGAGCGGGAGAGAGACCACCACCUCGAGACCACCAGCACUGUCUCCACGGUUUCCAGCAUGUCCACGCUGUCCUCAGAAAGCGGCGAACCGGCCGACACGCACACCACACACACUUCCUAUGCCGACGGGCAGACUUUUGUGCUCGACAAGCCGCCAGUGCCUCCCAAGCCCCGACUCAAGUCCCACUUAGGAGGCAGUAAAGGCCCCGUCACCUUCAGGGACCCUCUGCUCAAGCAGAGUUCUGACAGCGAGCUGCUAUCUCAGCAACAGGCCGCGGCACUCGCCGCGGCGGUGGCCGGAGGAGCCGGCCUGCCCCCCGGCGGCUCGGCCUCCGUGACCGGCCUGGCGCCCGCCAAGCCGCGCUACCUCUUUCAGCGGCGCUCCAAGCUAUGGGGGGACCCGGUGGAGCCCCGCGGGCCGGGAGUGGGGCUCGGCAUCGGAAGUUUGGGCAAUCUGGGCGGGCUGGGACUAGGGCUGGGUGCCGACGAGGGGGCCAAACCCUCUGUGAUGGGGGAGCUCAGUUCACGACUACAGCAGCUAAACAAAGACACACGGUCGUUGGGGGAGGAGCCGCUGGGAGCUUCUCUCGACCCUGGGAGGAAGUCUCCCGUAGCAGGUGCCAGACUUUUCAGCAGCCUAGGUGAACUCCACACCAUUUCCCAGAGAAGCUACGGCACCACGUACACCAUUCGCCCCGGCAGCCGCUACCCCGCCACGCGCCGCACCCCCAGCCCGGGCUCCCCCGACCGGGGCGAGCGCUUCUCGGGCUACUCGCCCAGCGCGCCGCUUCAGACCAUCCUUAAAUCGUCCAGCCUCAGCCUCCCGCAGGAACCCAAGGAGGUACGCUUCGUCAUGCGCAGCUCCAGCGCCCGCUCUCGUUCCCGUUCGCCGUCCCCCUCGCCCACGCGCUCGCCCGCUAUGGGCUCGCCGCUGCUGGCGCUCAGACCCUUCCACCAGAAGCCCCUGCACCUGUGGAACAAGUACGACGUGGGCGACUGGCUGGAGAGCAUCAACCUGGGCGAGCACCGCGCUGGCUUCCAGGAGCACGAGAUCGAGGGCUCGCACCUGCCGGCGUUGACCAAGGACGACUUCGCCGAGCUGGGCGUGACGCGGGUGGGCCACCGCAUGAACAUCGAGCGGGCGCUCAAGCAGUUGCUGGAGAGCUGA